AUAUGGGGGAAGUCUCCGUUCCUGACCAGUUGAAGAAAGAAAAAGGCUUACCGUUUUCUCAAAAUCUUCUAUCUUAAGAGUAAAAAUGAGGGAAAUCGUGCAUCUUCAAGCCGGACAAUGCGGUAACCAGAUCGGAGCCAAGUUCUGGGAGGUUAUCAGUGAUGAGCAUGGUAUUGAUCCCACCGGCUCGUAUCAUGGUGACAGCGACCUCCAGCUUGACAGGAUCAAUGUCUAUUACAAUGAGGCAUCAGGAGGCAAAUAUGUGCCCCGUGCUGUGUUGGUAGAUUUGGAGCCUGGUACCAUGGACUCUGUGAGAUCUGGACCAUUCGGUCAGGUCUUCAGGCCAGACAACUUUGUUUUUGGUCAGAGUGGUGCUGGAAACAAUUGGGCUAAAGGCCACUACACCGAGGGAGCAGAGUUGGUAGACUCCGUCCUGGAUGUGGUUCGUAAAGAGGCCGAGAGCUGCGAUUGCCUGCAAGGCUUCCAGCUCACCCACUCUCUCGGUGGAGGCACUGGUUCUGGCAUGGGCACCCUCCUCAUCAGCAAGAUCCGCGAAGAGUAUCCCGACCGCAUCAUGAACACCUUCAGCGUGGUGCCCUCGCCCAAAGUGUCCGACACCGUAGUAGAGCCAUACAACGCCACGCUGUCUGUCCACCAGCUGGUCGAAAACACAGACGAGACCUACUGCAUCGACAACGAAGCUCUGUACGACAUUUGUUUCCGCACCCUCAAACUCACCACACCUUCAUACGGUGACCUCAACCACCUCGUCUCCGCCACAAUGAGCGGAGUCACCACCUGCCUCAGGUUCCCCGGCCAGCUCAAUGCAGAUCUGCGCAAGCUGGCUGUAAACAUGGUGCCCUUCCCCCGUCUCCACUUCUUCAUGCCUGGCUUUGCUCCUCUCACCAGCAGGGGGAGCCAGCAGUACCGCGCUCUAACCGUACCGGAGCUCACGCAGCAGAUGUUCGACGCCAAGAACAUGAUGGCCGCGUGCGACCCGCGUCACGGCCGCUACCUCACAGUCGCCGCCAUCUUCCGUGGCCGCAUGUCCAUGAAGGAGGUGGACGAGCAGAUGCUCAACGUUCAGAACAAGAACAGCAGCUACUUCGUUGAAUGGAUCCCCAACAACGUCAAGACCGCUGUGUGUGACAUCCCUCCCAGGGGACUCAAGAUGGCCGCCACCUUCAUCGGCAACAGCACGGCCAUCCAGGAGCUGUUCAAGAGAAUCUCAGAGCAGUUCACGGCUAUGUUCAGGCGCAAGGCUUUCCUGCAUUGGUACACAGGAGAAGGUAUGGAUGAGAUGGAGUUCACCGAGGCCGAGAGCAACAUGAACGACCUGGUGUCCGAGUACCAGCAGUACCAGGAUGCCACCGCAGAGGAGGAGGGCGAGUUUGAGGAGGAGGGAGAGGAAGAGCUGGCUUAAGUCUCUUAAUAUACGUGUUGUUUUCCAGUCUGUAUAAUUUUGCUCAUUUACAAGGAAAAAAAACAUCCAAAGCUUAGUUUUCUUUUUCUGUUCUUGCCUCUUGUUUGUACAGAUGUCAUUAAAGGUUUUUUUCUUCUGUUAAAA